AUGAAAGCUUUUCAUUUAGCUACUCACACCUUGUCUACUCAUUUGUGGCUCCAUUGGGGUGUCAAACUGGAAUUGAUGGUUCUGUUGGGGAUGUCUCUGUCAGGGUGUUUGACAUUGAGAUUGAAGGCGCCACAGGGGAUGUUUCCAUUGGGGUGUUUGACAUUGAAAUUGAAGGUGCCGCAGGGGAUGUCACCGUCGGGGUGUUUGAGGUUGAGAUUGAAAGCGCCGUGGAGGAUGUCGCCGUCGGGGUGUUUGAGGUUGAGAUUGAAGGUGCUGCGGGGGAUAUCACCGUCGGGGUGUUUGACAUUGAAAUUGAAGGUGCCGUGGGGGAUGUCACCGUCGGGGUGUUUGAGGUUGAGAUUGAAAGUGCCACAGAGGAUGUCACCGUCGGGGUGUUUGAGGUUGAGAUUGAAGGCGCCGCGGGGGAUAUCACCAUCAGGGUGUUUGACAUUGAAAUUGAAGGUGCCACAGGGGAUGUCACCAUCGGGAUUGAAGGCGCUGCAGGGGAUAUCACCGUCGGGGUGUUUGACAUUGAAAUUGAAGGUGCCGCGGGGGAUGUCUCCGUUGGGGUGUUUGUCAUUAAAAUUGAAAGCACCACAGAGGAUGUUGCCAUCAGGGUGUUUGAGGUUGAGAUUGAAGGCACUGUCGGCAAUGGCCCCAUCAGGGUGUUUGACAUUGAAAUUGAAAACAUGA